AUGGCAUUCCGAGACAGUGUCAAACGUUGGAUUUUAGCCUUUGCUUUCCUUUACGUUUGUCUAUUCUGGAAAAACUUUGGAAAUGCUGAUGGUGAUGUGCCAGAGACACAGACAGGUGCAGGGUUUGGUGGUGCUGGUGCUGGUGCUGGGGCUGGGGCUGGGGCUGGAUUUGGUGGUGGUAAUAGGGCUGGUGGUGGUGGUGGUGGUGGUAAUGGGGCUGGAGGUGGUGGAGGUGCUGGUGGUGCUGUGUUUGGUGACCCUGCUCAAAUUGUCUCCAAAGCCUUGCUUUGUUUCAAUGAUAAAUAUAUUUAUAGCAGCUGUGAAGAGUCGUGUAGAUUGAACCAGAAUGGAAACCUGAACGUGCCUGCACAGAAAACUGAUGAAUUCUGUGAAGGACCUUGUCUGUCAGAGACAAAUUUGGUCCUCAGCUGCAUUGAUAACAUUUUCAGCAACUUCAUAUUUUAUAACAAGGCAACCAUACAGGAUAUCAAAGAAACAAUUCAAGCUGGAUGUGGUUAUGGCCCUGAAAGAGGGAAUUUCAAUGUGGCUGAGCACCUCCAGGCUGAAGAAAGCAAAGCAGCUAUGAAGGCUACCAGUAAUGUUCCAAUGGGGCUUGCUUUGAUCUUAAUGGGGGGCGCUCUAUUGUUCUAA